AAGCGGCAUGAAUACAUAUAAAAAGCAUGUACAUUGUAAUAAAUUAUAGUAAAUAUUGGCGAGAUACAAUUAUAGUAACAGGAACUACAAGUACACACUUUUUCCAAUUUAAGUGACUUUACAGCUGACUGCUGCUGCCAUCAUAUGCAAUAUACCUAGCUGUUGUAAAACUCUCACCAACUGCUGAGCAAUGUGGACCGCAGAUGAGAUAACACAGUUGUGCUACCAACGCUUCAGCGAGUUGCCCAAGAGAGGAAAGCCCGAGCCGGGUAGAGAGUGGACACUAUUGGCCGCAGUAAUUAAAGUUUCAGUGUUGCCCAAUCAAGAGAAAGUUGAGAAGGAGGUAGUGUCUUUGGGGACUGGCACCAAAUGUUUAGGACGCUCAUCCAUGAGUUCAAACGGGGAUGUGCUCAAUGACAGCCAUGCAGAAGUAAUUGCCAGGAGGGGCUGUAUAAGGUAUUUGACUGAGCAGCUGCGAAGGGCAGUAAGUGGCCAGGACAGCUCUGUGUUCUGUCAAGGAGAGGGGAGGGGGAAGUGGAAGAUGAAGUCCGGGGUGUCUUUUGUGUUCUUCACCAGUCACACACCAUGCGGGGAUGCCUCUAUCGUUCCCAUUAUGACCGACAUCCAAUCCCAACCCUGCCCACCAGUACGGUCAGAGGAGAUUCCCCAUGGAACCAAUGAAAAGCCAGAAGGACGAAACCAGAAGCGCAGAGCAGAGACACAGGAUGAUGGGAUCAAUAAACAUUCAAGAUUUAAGACGGAGGCAAAGUCAGAUGAUUGGCUCCAGUGUGGCCGGAGCUUGGGCGUACGCCCUCCCGCUGAAAGCCCAGUGCCCGAGGGGGAGAAUGCACUGGCCAACGUGGUGUUGAAACAAAAAGACAGUGCUCCGAAAGAACCGGAGGACGUCCACCGGACUGGCGCCAAAUGUGUCCCUGGAGGCCCAGAGGAUCCCCGCCAGCCUGGGAUAGGGUACCACAGCACUGGGUUGCUGAGGGUGAAGCCUGGCCGGGGGGAGCCCACUCUGUCACUCUGCUGCAGUGACAAACUGGCCCGGUGGGGUGUUUUGGGUUUCCAGGGUGCGCUGCUCUCCCAUUACCUGCAGGGGGCAAUCUACUUCAGUGCAAUAGUGGUGGGGAAAUGUCCAUACAGCCACCAGGCCAUGCAGAGAGCUCUGAUCACUAGGUGUUCUGAUGUGAAAGCCCUGCCUGUUGGCUUCUCAGUGCAUGCUCCAGAGCUCCUGCAGUCCAGCCUGGAGUUUGUUCACAGCCAGGCACAGACGGAGCACAGUCAUCAGCCUGGCCAGGGCAGAGUCUCACCCUGUGGAGCAGCUAUUAGCUGGUGUGCUGUGUCAGACCAACCACUAGAUGUCACUGCUAAUGGCUACAAACAUGGAGUGACUAAGAAGGCUCUGGGCACAUCAAAAGCAAGGUCUCUUAUUUGUAAGGUGGAACUCUUUCAUGCUUUCCUGUCAGUCCUGGCUGCCAAUGACAAGUCCUGCUUGCCUGAAUCUCUAAGUAGGGGUGAAGAUCUGCAGACAUACUGGGACUACAAGCAGGCAGCUCAGUUAUACCAGCAGGCCUGGCUGCAGCUGCGCUCACAAGCCUUCCCAUUGUGGCCUCGCAGUGACCGCGACCUGCUGCUGUUCCACUGAUUACCCCCCAUGACUUCACGUCACGUUGAUUUGUCAUGAACAGAUUUUAGUGUUUGUAAAAGGCGCAGUGAUACGCUUGGAUGCUGCUUCCUUCGACGUAUCAAUACCACAGUCUAAAGAACCCAGAGAAUUUAUGACUUUUUUUUUGUGAGUAGUUAAUCAGUUAAAGAGGAAAUGAGUGAUAGGUCCCGUACCAUGGAGGGUACUGAGCGCUUAAAGUAUUUACAUUUUAGUUAACAUUUAACUAAAAGUAUUGUGUGGUCAUACAGCUUAUGUCCCUCAGCAGCUUCUUUCUGUCUCUCCCAAAUGUUUUCCACUCUGUCAGUGAAGAAUAAAAUGCCCCAAAAUAUAUCGCAUUUGCACCUCCCAUCCUAUCCUGAUUAUCCUGACAGCGCAUGGCUACGUAUCCUGACUAUCCUGACUGUGCAUGGCUAUGUAUCCUGACUGCGCAUGGCUACGUAUCCUGACUAUCCUGACUGCGCAUGGCUAUGUAUCCUGACUGCGCAUGGCUACGUAUCCUGACUAUCCUGACUGCGCAUGGCUAUGUAUCCUGACUGCGCAUGGCUAUGUAUCCUGACUGCGCAUGGCUAUGUAUCCUGACUGCGCAUGGCAAUGUAUCCUGACUGCGCAUGGCAAUGUAUCCUGACUGCGCAUGGCUAUGUAUCCUGACUGCGCAUGGCUAUGUAUCCUGACUGCGCAUGGCUAUGUAUCCUGACUGCGCAUGGCUAUGUAUCCUGACUGCGCAUGGCUACGUAUCCUGACUGCGCAUGGCUACGUAUCCUGACUGCGCAUGGCUACGUAUCCUGACUGCGCAUGGCUACGUAUCCUGACUGCGCAUGGCUACGUAUCCUGACUGCGCAUGGCUACGUAUCCUGACUGCGCAUGGCUACGUAUCCUGACUGCGCAUGGCUACGUAUCCUGACUGCGCAUGGCUACGUAUCCUGACUAUCCUGACAUAACAGGGACUGGGUCACUGUUAUGUCGGCAGGACCUUCAGAUGCAAUUAAGUACACCCACACCACGACAGGGUAUGUUGUAUACCCUCCUUGUGGGUUUUACAUAUACUCAGACAGCUGAUUGUCAGGUGAGUGGCAACGUGUCUUCAUAUACUGUUCCCAGACACCUCCAACCAAAUAUGUGGAAAGUAGCCUUUGGGGGACUAAUGUGUAAAACCAAUCCAUGUGUGAGCUAACAAACUCAUUGACUAUGUGUACACAGACACUAAUUGCAACUUAAAAAGCCACAGGUGUGGGAAAUCCA